GCCAAAUCCUUUCUUUCUCUAUUAUAUAUAUUUUUUUAAAUAAAGCCUAGUGUUUUUUUCAUUUAUUAUAUCUCUCAAUUCCAAACUAUACAACAAAACAUGCCAAUGAGCUAAACUGGCAUCUUCUUAUUUAAAAAGGGACAUCGUGGCGAGAAAAACUAGAGAAUUAGAAUUUCAUAAUCCUCUUUUAUAAAAUUCCAUUUCAAUUCUAUCAUUUUUUCCUUUCCUUUAAUUAUCAAAGAAAAAGGAAAAGAAAAAAAGAAGAUAUGUCAUCUCCUCAAGACACAAUUCAUGACCCUUUCAAGGCUUGGAAAUUCUUGGUUUUUCCCAUAAUCAGAACGAGUGAUAUCUUUUCCUUUCUUGUAAAAACAGUUCUUCUUCUUUGCACUCUUCUUUCAAUCUUUCUUGUUUUCUCUUCUGCUUUCUCUAACCAAUUUCAAUGGCUUUCUUGUCCUGGAUGCGAUAGAAUUUCACUCGCUGGUCACCAUAAAUUAACUAGAAGUAAUUUCUCCAGUGAUAGUCAUCGAGUAACAAACGUAUCCCAUAUUUUAUUUGGCAUUGGUGGCUCGGCAAAGACAUGGAAUGACCGUCGCCACUACUGUGAGCUAUGGUGGAGACCUAAUAUUACUCGAGGUUUUGUCUGGCUCGAAGAGAAGCCUCCAGAGACGGAUGUCUGGCCAGUAACCUCGCCACCGUAUAAAGUGUCGGAAGACACCUCUAUUUUCAAGUACACCUGCGGGUAUGGUUCUCGUUCCGCUUUGCGUAUUGCACGCAUUGUUAAAGAGAGUUUUGAGCUGGGACUGGACAAUGUGAGGUGGUUUGUGAUGGGAGAUGAUGAUACUGUGUUUUUCAUAGAUAAUUUAGUGAGCGUAUUGGGUAAAUAUGACCAUAAUCAGAUGUAUUAUAUUGGUGGAAAUUCGGAGAGCGUUGAGCAAGAUGUUAUACAUUCUUAUAAUAUGGCUUAUGGUGGUGGUGGUUUUGCAAUUAGUUAUCCUUUAGCAAAAGAACUUGUUAGGAUUUUGGAUGGUUGCAUUAAUCGAUACCAUUCAUUUUACGGCUCUGAUCAGAAAGUUCAAGCUUGCAUUAGUGAGAUUGGAGUUCCUUUAACCGAAGAGCUUGGUUUCCACCAGGUUGAUAUUAGAGGAAACCCUUAUGGUUUACUAGCUGCGCACCCAUUGGCUCCAUUAGUCUCACUCCACCACCUGGACUAUGUGCAACCAAUAUUUCCAGGCAUGAACCAGAUUGACUCACUUCAUAAGCUAGUUAAACCAUAUGAAAUAGAUCCGGGUCGGACACUACAACAAAGUUUCUGUCACGAUUUGAACCAUAGUUGGUCGGUAUCAGUAUCCUGGGGUUACACCAUACAACUAUACCCAUCACUGAUUACAGCAAAGCAGCUAGAAACAACAUUCUUAACAUUUCAAACAUGGAGGAGUUGGAGCCAUGAUCCAUUCACAUUCAACACCCAACCCUUGAGUGAAGAUCCGUGUGAGAGACCGGUUGUGUAUUUCUUGGACGGAAUUGAGAGUGUUGGGCAGGGUCAAACCUUGACUAGGUAUAAAAGACACGUGGAGGAGUCAUAUAGAAGUUGCGACCGACCCGAGUAUGCCGGACUUCAAGCCGUCCAGUUUGUUAAUGUGACAACAGCUUCCACAUUGAAUCAUGACAUUUGGAAUAUGGCGCCACGUAGACAGUGCUGCGACAUAAUCAACGGCCAAAAAGAGGUGGUAGAGGUCAACAUUAGAGGCUGCAAUCAAUUUGAAUCCGUGACACCUCCAUAGAACAUUUAUUUGCCUAUAUGUCUUUUGUGAGGAACACGUUGGCUUUCGAGCUAAUUUUGUUGAGUUCUUUCUUUCUUUCUUUCAUCUUAAUUGGCCUACUGCGACUUUGGUUAUUUGCUGCCCAACUAGCUAGCCAACUUGCCUUGUAAAUAUUCUUACUCAUAAAUUUUGUACUUUACUUUUUCUUAAUCUUCUUCUAUAAUUAAUUUGGUAUUAAUUUCUACUAUAUGAUAAGAGAAAUUAUAUCAUGAACCAGACAUUUUAUAUCAGCAUC